AUGAUUGAAGGGAAGUGACGUCACGAAUACAUAUGGCGUUUGAUAUGUGACAUCGGUAAACACGGAGCCCUGAGAAUGUAGAUGUUUACCUGGUUUUCUGCUAUAAACAACAUUUUACUGAGUGCAGUCUAACCAGGAACUAUGGGGAGUCAUAUACUCAUUGUGUUCUUGUGGGUGUUACCUUUGGCAAUGACUAUGACUACAUUGAAAAUCCAAAAUCAGCCCCUUGUGAGCCGGAACCUGUACGAACAGGAGCCGACUGAGUUCGAGCUGGAGUGCAUUACAUGUACCGGCGGCUCCGGUGGACCCUACUCCAUCUCUCGGAAGUCUGUCACACCAUCCAACGACGCCUGUAGCAACUGUUUCCAAGUAUAUGACAACAUCAACGGCCAGCCACUAAAUGCCUUCUGUCUGUACUUCCUCCCGAGCCAGGGAACGCUGAGCUACCAAAGACAACGUCGAUACACUGUCACGGUCGAGUGUCUGGACUCAGUGGGUGACAGAGUGGAGGCUGAUAUCGAUGUCAGGAUCCGGACAAAUGAACCUCCCUUUUUUAACACAUUUGGAAUAUUCUCUGGUACAUGUAACAUCGCAGCCCAGACUACCACGGCUGGACAGGUUAUUGCAAUUGGUCCGCCGUCCAUCUGGAAUCCUGGGGAUCCGGACAAUGACCCGGUGACCUACACAAUGACCAGCGACCCACCUUCCGACCUGUUUGAGAUCGAAUCAACAACAGGCACUAUUCGAGCAACACGAGAGCUGAAGACGUUCUGUAACCCAUCUAUUUCCUUCACAAUCAACGCACGAGAUACCGACGGAAAUGCUAUCGGGCCGUUCGUUGCGACCUGCAAUGUAAUCAAUCCAAACACGCCUCCCACCAUAUCUAACGUCAACAAGGAGAUCAGCCUGAGCGAGGACACGCUGGUGGGGUCGGCUAUAGUUCUUCCCUACCUACGUACAACACCACUCACACCAAUAGUCACGUAUGACUUCGACACGUUUCCUACGAGUGCUCGCAGUUUUAUCAACAUUACAAAUACACGGGGUUUGGACAGCCUUAUUUUACAAAGGAAGUUGGACUUUGAAUCCCCAACUACUCAGAACUUCAACAUCUCGAUUCGUCCUCAGAACGGCUUCUGCGAACCUAUUGAACACUUCCUCUUUAUCCGAACCACUGACGCCAACGACCCCCCGGUCCUGCUUCCCAAGAAUGUCAGCAAGACUGUUAACGAAGGCGGGGUGCUGAUCGACCCGGGCUGGCUGCUGACAGAGGAGGACUUUGGCGACACCGACAUCUACUCCAUCAUCGGGGGCAACGAAGAGGGGUUGUGGUCAAUUGACCCUUCCACCGGGUUCAUCACAUCCACUGGUAUCAUUGACCUUGACCCUAGCACGAGGGAGAAGAACUGGACCUUACUGGUGCAGGUAGAGGACCGAGCUGGGAGUACAGACAACGCCACCAUCAACAUCGUCGUGGAGGACAUCAACGACAACGCACCAACUUUCACAAUGGCCGUGUUUUCUGUCACUUUGAUGGACUGUGACACACCCAGGAAUCUUGGAACUAUCCUGAUGGCCACAGACUUGGACUCAGACUACAGGAACAAUAAUGUCUUCCAUUUCACAGAGGUUGAAAAUGGUUUUAUCAAAAUCUUCAACGAUGGUACCGCUCUGAUUAAAGCCGUUCCGCCGCUAGGCACCACGAGCACACUGAGCACACGAGUGACGGACCUGGGAGAGGUACCGGGACCCUUGACUUCCACCACCACGGGCAACGUGAUUGUGACAACUGUAGCUUGUACCACGGUGAUUCCAACCACAGUUGUUGUCAAUACAGUCGCCGCUGCUACGGUGGAUGCGAAUGCAAAUGCAAAUGCAAACGCAAAUGCAAACGCUAACGCCGUUGCCGGUCUCAACAGCCUUAUCACUGUUGCGGGGUCUGGAGCAAAUUCGGCGGGCACAGGGUUCGGUGACAUAUUCCUGUGGGCAUUAGCUGGUCUCCUUGGGUUGUUGCUGUUGGCCGCGCUAGCCUACAUGAUCUACAGAUUCUGCGCCAAGCCGUGCACAGGCUCCAGUUCCUGGUCGGAGGGUUGUGGCUGUAACAGAGCGGCGACUCCAAAGCACAUCCGACCUUUCUCCCAAGAGAGAGCAUAUUCGAGACAGAAGGAGGAAUUUAAAACUGCAUCAAAGGAAAUUGAGGAGGAGGAGGAAGAAGAAAUUAUUCAAACAGCAGUGGUUCCGGCACCAGUGACCUAUGGAAACUCGAUUGUGCCACAAGCUAAAGUCAACCGCUACCUUCGUGUACGAAGACUGAUUCCUUUAAAGCAAAAUGUCAAGAUAAAACAAGUGAUUCCUAUUCCGCCGAACCAAGCUGUUCCCUUCAGACAGAACCCACAAGGCCCAGUUUCUCUGCUGUCAACAUACCAGAACGCUCCUACAGGCGCAGUCCUCCCCACGGGGACCAACACUAAGCCCGUACAGGGCGGGGUCAACUAAGCCUACAACUGAAGACGAUGCAGCCGAACAGGACGAUGGGGUCGGAGAUCCUGAAAGUAUGACUGUACACAACGCAGCAUUGAUGAGUCCGAGACAAUUUGCUCGUCUGUAUCCUGCAUCUCCCUGCCAGAUGGGUUAAUGCCAGCUCUCUACUAGCGCCUUUACAACUAUCGUCAGUCAACCUUACGAUGCACGUGAUGCACAUGUGCAUACAACCAGUUUUUAUGGAUUGGGUGGAGAGGAGGGUAAUCACAUGUCCUCUGCGGAUAGUCACCGUUAGCAUUGUGCAGUGACCGUCAAAUCCUUUAAUUCUCCACAUGUACUGACUGCGUGUAUUGUGCUGUGACAGUCAAGUCCUAUAUGUCCCUACACAACAGUCAAGUCAUUUAAUUCCCUUUCACAUUGUGACUGCAUGUGUUGUGCUGUGACAGUCAAGUCCUUUAUUUCCCUACGCGUAGUGACUGCGUGUAUUGUGCUGUGACAGUCAAGUCCUAUAUGUCCCUUCACAACAGUCAAGUCAUUUAAUUCCCUUUCACAUUGUGACUGCAUGUGUUGUGCUGUGACAAUCAAGUCCUUUAUUUCCCUACGCGUAGUGACUGCGUGUAUUGUGCUGUGACAGUCAAGUUCUAUAUGUCCCUUCACAACAGUCAAAUCCUUUAAUUCCCUUUCACAUUGUGACUGCAUAUGUUGUGCUGUGACAAUCAAGUCCUUUAUUUCCCUACGCGUAGUGACUGUGUGUAUUUUGCUAUGACCGUCAAGUCCUAUAUGUCUACAUAGAUUGUGAUCUUGCACAUCAUACUCCUUCUGUUGAGCCAUUUCUCUCUAUUACUGCUCGGUCUAGCAUAAAUUGUCAGAGGUGUGUACUUCUUCGUGCUGUUAAUAUUUUAAAUUAUAGUUUCACAACUAUGGAUGACUUAUAAGUGUCUGUGAUAUAAAAUAUGAUAUUAUUUCCCGUUUGUACAUAAUAAACUUGAU